AUGCCAGCCCAGUUGAUCGACGGCAAGGCCAUUGCCCAGCAAUUGCGGGCGCUGAUCCACGAGGACAUCGCUGCUUUCCAGAAAAAGCACGCUGAUUUCCAGCCUUCUUUGACCAUUCUCCAGGUGGGUGCCAGACCAGACUCGUCCACUUACGUGAAGAUGAAGUUGAAGGCGGCUGAGGAGGCCAACAUCAUCUGCAACGUGGAGAACUUGCCCGAAAGCGUGACCGAGGUUGAGCUUUUGCAGAGAAUCGCCGAGUUGAACGCCGACAUUUCUGUGGACGGUAUCUUGGUCCAGCUCCCCAUUCCAGCCCACUUGGACGAAACCAAGGUGACCAACGCCGUGGCUGCUUCCAAGGAUGUUGACGGUUUCGGCCCCCACAACGUGGGCGAGUUGUCGAAAAAGGGCGGUGCCCCCACGUUUUUGCCUUGCACUCCCAAGGGAAUCAUGCAGUUGCUCGAGAAGCUGAAGGUGGACAUUUCCGGCAAGAACGCCGUGGUUUUGGGCAGAUCCGACAUUGUGGGCCGCCCAAUCGCCAACUUGUUGAUCAAGGCCAACGCCAACGUGACCGUGUUGCACUCCAAGACCUCGAAAGAGCUGUUGCAGGCCCACUUGGCCCAUGCCGAUAUCGUCGUGGUGGCCAUUGGCGUGUCUGGCUUUGUCCAGGGCGACUGGCUCAAGGAGGGCUCUGUUGUGAUUGACGUUGGUGCCAAUUUCGUGCCUGACGAGUCCAAGAAGUCUGGUUCCAGAAUGGUUGGUGAUGUCGACUUUGAGUCUGCUAAGGAGAAGGCUGGUUUGCUUACGCCUGUUCCUGGCGGAGUGGGCCCUAUGACCGUGGCCAACUUGUUGGACAAUGUCGUGAUUGCCGCCAAGGAGCACUACAGAGCCAACAACCAGACCCCUCAGUUCACCAACCCACUCAAGUUGAACUUGCAGAAACCAGUUCCCUCUGAUUUCGAGAUCUCCAGAGCCCAGAAGCCCAAGAGAAUCAACCAGGUUGCCGAGGAGGCCGGAAUCUUGGACUCUGAGUUGGAGCCUUUCGGUUUCUACAAGGCCAAGGUCUCGUUGGACAUCUUGAAGCGUUUGGAGAACAAGGUCAACGGUAAGUACGUUUUGGUGACCGGUAUCACCCCCACGCCUCUUGGUGAGGGUAAAUCCACCACCACCGUCGGUUUGGCCCAGGCUUUGGGUGCCCAUCUCGGCAAAAACGUCUUUGCCAACGUCAGACAGCCUUCCAUGGGUCCUACUUUCGGAAUCAAGGGUGGUGCUGCCGGAGGCGGAUACUCCCAGGUGAUUCCUAUGGACGAGUUCAACAUGCACGUUACCGGCGACAUCCACGCCAUUUCCAUGGCCAACAACUUGUUGGCUGCUGCCAUUGACACCAGAAUGUUCCACGAAAACACCCAGAAGGACGCUGCUUUGUACAGAAGAUUGGUGCCUGCCAAGAAGGGCGAGAGAAAGUUCCCUGUUGGCUUUUUGGGCAGAUUGAAGAAGUUGGGCAUUGACAAGACCAACCCGGACGAAUUGACCGAGGAGGAGGUUUCCCGUUUCGUCAGAUUGGACAUUGACCCCGACACCAUCACCUGGAGAAGAGUGGUGGACUGUAACGACAGAAUGGUCAGAGGCAUCACCAUCGGCGAGGCUCCUACCGAAAAGGGUAUGACCAGAAAGACCGGUUUCGAUAUUUCCGUCGCCUCGGAGUGUAUGGCCAUUUUGGCUCUUUCCACCUCUCUCCAGGAUAUGAGAGAGAGAUUGGGCAAGAUGGUUGUUGCUGCCUCCAAGGCAGGCGAGCCUAUCACCUGUGAGGACAUUGGCUGUGCUGGUGCCUUGACUGCUCUUUUGAAGGACGCCAUCAAACCCAACAUCAUGCAGACUUUGGAAGGUACUCCUGUUUUCGUGCAUGCUGGUCCUUUUGCCAACAUCUCCAUCGGUGCCUCUUCUGUUCUUGCCGACAAGAUGGCCUUGAAAUUGGCCGGUACCUCUGCUGAUCUUACUGAGGAAGAAAGAGCCGCUCAGGAAGGUUACGUUGUCACCGAGGCCGGUUUCGACUUCACCAUGGGCGGAGAGAGAUUCAUGAACAUCAAGUGCAGAGCCUCUGGACUUGCUCCUGACGUAAUUGUCAUUGUGGCCACUGUGAGAGCCCUUAAGGUCCACGGAGGUGGUCCUGAGGUCAAGGCCGGUGCUCCAUUGGCUGCCGAGUACACCCAGGAAAAUGUCGAGUUGUUGAGAGCCGGCUGCUCCAACUUGGGCAAGCACAUUGAAAACGCCAGACAGUACGGUUUGCCUGUGGUGAUUGCCAUCAACAAAAUGUCGUCUGACUCCGACAAGGAGCACGAAGUCAUUCGUGAAGAGGCCCUCAAGGCCGGUGCCGCCGAUGCCAUUGUGUCCAACCACUGGGAAGAAGGUGGCCAGGGUGCUGUGGACUUGGCCAGAGGUGUCAUUGACGCUGCCAACUCGAUCGACAAGGAUUUCAAGUUUUUGUACGAGACAGAGCCCUCUGUGGCCGACAAGAUCGACACCAUUGCCAAAAAAAUGUACGGUGCUGGCGAGGUCGAGUUCUUGCCCGAGGCCCAGAAGAAGAUCGAUCUUUACACCAAGCAGGGUUUCGGCAACUUGCCCAUCUGUAUUGCCAAGACCCAGUACUCCUUGUCGCACGAUGCUGCGCUCAAGGGUGUGCCCACCGGGUUCAAAUUCCCUGUCAGAGACGUCAGAGCCUCGGUUGGAGCUGGAUACUUGUAUGCUUUGGCUGCUGAGAUCCAGACGAUUCCUGGUUUGCCCACCCACUGUGGCUUCAUGAACGUGGAGGUGAAUGACGACGGAGAGAUUGACGGUUUGUUUUAG